AUGAGUCCUGAAACAAGCUAUCAAGUCCCUUUGUCAAGUGCUCGUACUGCUGUCAGCUUUCGACCACCAUGUUUCAUCAAACCAGGGAUGUCAUCGACGUCUGACAGCCCAACAGGAACAUCUCCAAGCAAUAGUAGCACUAGCAGCAAUUGCGACAGCAGCAGCAGUAUUGGCCAAAACCUCAGCAGCACUAGCAGUUAUGGAAACCAACCCGAUGAAAUGAGAGCAUUUAUCAAGACGUUUGACAACUACUGUCAAAAGGUGUACAUUGAAGGAUUUCUAUACAAGUACAAUGGAGAUCAACAACGCACACGAUGUUAUGCGGAGUUGUCUGGACCCACAUUGUCUGUGUGGGAUGCACAAGUGCAAUCACCACGAAUUCUACCACAGUAUUUUAACAUAUCGGAUGUUUCGGUGGAGCGACAAGUGGUGGAUGAACGACUUGUUAUUGCCGUACAUAUGAGCUAUGGAUCAAAGACACAGCGCUUCGAGCUUCCAGAUGAGGCAACACUUGGACGUUGGGUAUGUGCGAUGCGUUUAUCAUGCUUUGAAAGCAAAAAGCUGCAUAUGCUCUUUACUCUUCGACUCUUGCUCCCAACAUUGGAUCAAGGUACACCCGAAGAUUACAAUAGCCCUACACGGUGGGAAUCAACAUUACAGGUGCGAAUGGAUGGAAAAGAUUGGCACAAGUACUGGGUGAUUGUAGACAGCAGUAGCGGUGUCCGACGCAAAUCAUUGUUUGGAAGAAAAGCAAGUACCACGAUCGGUAAUCAUGGUGGAGGUGCAUCAUUGAAGUUUUUGGAGACAAAAAAGAGCAAGACGGCAGCAGCAACAAUGACCCAAGUGACACAUGCAUAUGCUAUAUACCCUGAGAAACCACAGCUGUUGGAUAACAAGCAACUAGGAUUGAUGGUGCGUGUGGAAGGCACAAUUGAAUGCAACGGAAGAUAUCAAGACGGCCAUGUGCAAUUGAUGACUGAUAGCCGUCAGCAAUUAUGCACAAUCCUUAUGGCCAUUUUUGACGCUUUUCAUUUACAUGGACGACCUGGUACUCUUUUAUCGGAUAUCACUGAUCCACUUUCUCUUGAUUAUGGAUGCACUGCAUCACCUCGUCUUUUUUUGGAACCCGAAGAUUUGGUGCUUGCAAUGGAUCCAGGACCUUUAUCACAGCGUGAUAUUGAACGCAUUUGCCUAGCUGCCAUUCAUCAUAACAUGUCUCAGCCUAUUCGUGGUGGUGCUCGUGCCAAUAGUCUCCCACUCAUUACUGUUGCCUGUGACGAUGACAAGGAUAACGAGGAUGAUGAUGAUUGCCAUAGUGCAUUUAUCCCUUCUUACCGUCAACGAUCUGCUUCCGAUAGUCGUGAAUCUCCACAAGAUAUGGCACGCUUUUCACGAGAUCCACACCAGCUUUUCCCUCGUCAAAUCAUGGAUUCGAGUGAUGAAGAAGAUGCAAGUGAAGACUCUAGUGACCAAGAAGACGACGACGACAACGAAGAAUCUGAUAGCGAUGAUGAGCCUAUUGGUAAAACGAGUGCAGCUUCAACAACAGCAGCAAUAUCAGGUUCCAGUCGUGGCAACCAAGGGCAUCCGCUUGUUCCCGAUUUUGACUUUGGUAAUGGAUUUGAUGUUGCAACUUCUCCACGGCUAUUACCACAACAACAACAACAGCAACGAGGAGGUGGAGAAUCAGGAGAAACAUCUACGGUGCAGCAAUCCAAUAGCAAUAAGGAAAGUGGUCUUUUCGAUGACUUUUCGCUAAGCAUGGAUUUUGCAAAGUACAUGACAACAUCUUCUUCGUCUGAUACCCCACGUAAACAUUCCUUGCCUUCAACUUGUUUGCUUUCUGGACGUGAGUCGGUGGAUCAUUUGUCAUCUUCUGGUGCAGGUAGCAGUGCUAGUAGUUUCCUUGCUCCAUUGUCAUCACAAAGACGGCGUUCUUGGGAACCACAAGGAUCACAGGACCCUGCUGGCAGAUGGUACGAUGAUAAUGAUGAAGAAUACAACAAGAGUCAGCAUCCUUAUGACUGUGACGAAUAUGGUGGAUAUGACUAUGGAUAUAAUGAAGGCGAAUACGAUGAAGUUGGGCCCAUGAUACCAUCGCUAUCAGAUCACUUUGCUACACAAAAUAGCCUUUUGGAUACUUAUCUUGGUGAACAACUCACAGCCAAGGAACAAAUCCAAUAUUGUCGUGCAACAGGACAACCAUUUAUUCAAAUUGACGAAAACAAGACACAAGUACCUGAAGGAGGAUUCGUUGGCAUGAUAUCUCGCCGUGAAAAGGAUCGAAAGCAAGGCAACAAUAUGCGAGUCUCUGGUCGAGUGCAACAACAUCACAUUGAUAUUGAAAAGGAACGGCGUCUUAUGGAGCAACGACAACAACAAUGGAUGAAACAACAGAUGAUGGCAUACGCAAAUGGGUGUCCACCUGGAAUGUACCCUCCACCACCACCAGCAAUGGGCAUGCCACCUUAUUUGGCCAUACCACCCAAUCAUCCAAUGUCUCCUGCAGCUGGUGGCCCACCAUCACCCUACAUGAUGCAUCCAGCGUAUAUGGCACCAGCAGCACCACCACCACCUGGAGCCCUUGCCCAUCAAUCACCAUAUGGUCCACGGCCUGUAAUGUUUAAUGGAGGACCAAGAAGUCCAAGCAUCUCUUCUCCUGUUAGCCCUAGUAGUCGAAGAUCUUCUCGUCCUUUGUUGGAUGAUAUUAGUGAUGAUACUCCUGUUAUAGCGUCUCGCUUCCGAUCCACCACUCCCAUUCGCAAAGAUUAA